AUCUGCUGAAACAACAAAUCCUGUGCGCGAAAACAACAGCAGCACUAACUGUCACCCGCUUUGCAAGACUCCUGGAACAGAUUAAAGAACUGUGUACAUGACUUGAGGGGGAGAUUGGCGCGUGACAGCAAAUGUAUAUAACCUUUGAAAUCGUCUGUAAUAGCCGAGAAGUUUUGGUGAGGCCCCUCUGAGGUCCCUGCUUCUCCCAAAAGCUUUUGUUAAUAAAGCUGUGUCUGACUCACUACAGAAUUGUACUUGGUAAUAUUUUACCUACAACAAAUUGGCGUAGUCCGCAGGAUGUUGGCUACGCUCCAGGCAGCGUGGCCACAGCCCGGAUACCGGGACAGGAUACCGAACACAAAGUUAAGUGAGUUGGACUACAUUAUUUAAUAAUCUGUUGAGUGUGAAUGUGAGACUGUCUGUCAUUUCAGUUGAGCAAAAACGGACAAGGAGGUACCCGUCUCUAACUCACAGCCCUAGACCAGUUGUUAAGAGGGGAAAUCCCCCACGCGAAGGUCAGGACCCUGAAGUGGGUGUAGAGACUGGAGAAGAGGUACCCAGAAUGUGAUACUCUAACGUGAGAGUGUAAUGUUGUGAGACCGCCGAGAGAGAAUUGAAAUAAGCAGGAUACGGGGACUUGAUCACUCCCACAAUAGGUAUUGCCAGACUCCAAUAGGACCAAUCCCGGGUGAGACGUGGCCGGUGGGUUAAACGCAGUCGAGAGAUCCGGGGAGAUCAACAACCCUCUACUAGACCUCCAAGCAAGCUGAUUGGGAGCGCAGGAAGUCGCGCGUGGGCGGUAUAGCCUUUGGAACAUUGUUAACAUAGAGUGAUAAGAUACAGUCUCGCAUCUGAGUUUAAACAUGUUUAAAAUGAUGUAUGUGGUCACGGUGUUUUGUAUAGUCAUGGUUGCAGGGGUGUCGGGAUUAGAGGAUAACUUGUUCUACAAGACCCACAUACAUCUACACGGUAAUCGGACCGUGUGCUACCCACUUGCCCGGUCAGUCGAGGCGUUGUUUGUAGCCACCCCUGGAUGGACCCCCUUUGACCUAUACACAGCAGAUACGUUAGACGCACCCUGUGUGGGCCAAACCGGUACAUACCGACGAGGUAUACAAGGGAGAUGUGUAGAGCUGAUAAACUCGAAUAGGAUACAGUCCCCCAAUUGUGCAGGAACUCGGGGAAAGAACGGCACAAUAUGUUCAAACCCGCUAAGUUACCCGCUUUGCUUCUCAGGACAGGGAUGGGGGUCCACAUACGUUCUAGUCCCCAAGAACACCUCCUGUGUGCAGACGCAGUGCUCCCGCCAGCAUUGCCAAGUGAACAAAGGCCUGUUUACAUGCACUUGUAAUGAGCGAAGAUGUCUAAACGUAACUGCAGGUAGACAGUUUAUUUGUGGACAGUGCAACGGGAUACAUGUCAGUUCAGCUGCAUGGACGUAUCCAUUUGAUACCUACCAACUGGUGGGGUCAGGCAGAAACUCCAGCCAGCCAAGGAACUGGUGGUACAAACAGUUCAUGCAGAAAAAUAAUCAGGAGGUCAAAUGCUAUCGAGCCAAGAAAGGCUUUGUGUUCCUCCUCAAUGGGACCUUCACAACAGCCACACCAACCCUCCCAGUCCUCUUUGCAGUAGGGACAAUAGGACCGCUUACCGUCCCGUGCCCCCAGAGAGGACACACCCGUAGGAAGAUAGUGACCCGAGCCAUUAGCGAGAAAUUCUGUGCAGACUGGGAGGACUCGGGAACACUGGGGUCCUCACUUGGCUACGGGUUCCUCGGGGCCCCUGUCUCUGGAGGGAGCAGCGGGAGUCAUUAGUGCCAAAAAUAGGAACUACCUCGUCUGUGGACUGACGAUCCUGGGAAAUAGCAUGGCAAAGGGGUUGGAUGCUAUAAACCGAGAACUUGCCGAGUUAAGACUCUAUUCGCAGCAGACCCGGUAUGCCGUCGAUUACCAGUUAGCCCAGCAGGGCGGAGUGGGCACGAUAGUAGGGGACAAGUGUACAACACAUGUUACGGAUGGAACCUAUAACGUCACCCAAGCCAUUAAUGAUAUAAGAAAGCUGCUUGAUGACUUCACGCAAGGCCCCAAGAAAGGGGACGGUUGGCUCGAAUGGUUCCUAGGUGGAUCUUGGGGGACAUACCUGCUGCAUGCUUUGAUUAUACUGAUUAUGAUCGUUAUUGCUUGCUGUGUUGUUAUGGCUGUCUCUAAUUCGUGCUGUAAAAUCUUAACUGCAAGAAUUAUGCCAGGUGUAAGCGUGCACACUGACAUGACUGUUGAGCGCCCCUUGAUGAGUGACACGGAGACACUCGAAAAAUGGCUGUAAGUGGUCUACAGGCCAUAAGUACUCAUGACUCUGACCACAAGGGGGGACUGAAGGAGUAAGUAAAGAGAUUAACAACACAACAAAUUCCACAACAACUCUGAUAAGGAAAUGGACCUUUAGAUCGAACUUUACACAAUCAGGAUGAAACAUCCACUGAAACAAUAAAUCCUGUGCGCGAAAACAACAGCAGCACUAACCGUCACCCGCUUUGCAAGACUUCUGGAACAGAUUAAAGAACUGAGGGGGAGAUUGGCGCGUGACAGCAAAUGUAUAUAACCUUUGAAAUCGUCUGUAAUAGCCGAGAAGUUUUGGUGAGGCCCCUUUGAGGUCCCUGCUUCUCCCAAAAGUUUUUGUUAAUAAAGCUGUGUCUGACUCACUA